UGCAGUUACCCUUGCCUGACUUAUAGGUUAUCUCAUGGAACUGCUAAGGCUUUGCUUGACGCGCUCGGACAUUGUAACCACGAAAAGGUAUCGAGACAUCAGUUGAAGGGUAGCCGGAAGCCGUGGUGCUUCAGGUCAUACUGCUUGCUGUAGUGUACCGAUGGAAGUGGGCAACGUCGACAAGUAUGAGCUCGCGACCGAAAACUACUGCCGGAGGAUGUGUCGCUUGAAUCACACGGGCGUGAGUUAUUUAGGCUCACUCUAGUCUGGGAUGGGCGAACAGUGUGUUUUACGUACUGAUGCAGCAGCACUACGUCUUACUACAGGCGAAUGAGCAGAGGCGGUUGCAGUACAGGUACAGAGAGCCGAUUUGGCUAGAGGUUGGUGUUAGCAUGACCACCACAAGGUCCAUAUUCGCAGCCUGCCAGGCAUGCGCGCACAUACGCAGGCAUGAUACGGAUCCAGACCGUACAGACUGCACUCCAACACCACCAUUCCAGUGACUAACACGACCUCCUGUAUCGCGAUUCAGUCCAGUGAACAGCACCGCUUAUAUUCCAGCCGGAUCACCCUCGCCCUCCUUAGACUCUACGAGCGCAGGUUGUCGAUAUCCGCAGCGCAGCUUAAGACAUGAAACCCCCAUUCGUGAACUCUCUCUUUGAGUCCCCGAAACUGACGGCUUCCGAGAUCUCCCAUACCGCCUCUUCCACCGCCUACUCAUAUGGUGGCGACGGUACCAGCUGCGACGCAGACUCCGAAGUGUCCUCAGCCAAGACGGCCGUCGACGAGGACAGCGACCUGCCCGGCGGUGAAUGUGACCCUUUUCGCUUCCACGCUGCGGGACAACGUGUAAACACUUCGGAAGCGAGCUCGCCGGAUGCACGCAGCUUCGCUCCCGUGUUCGUAGACGAUGAGGAGGGCUACGAGAGCGGCAAUGAGUAUGAGCAAGCGGGUCGGUCCGGGACUACCGAGAGGAGCUUCGAAGAAGGGCGAGAGGGACUUGUCGGGGGUCGAGGACGCAAGCGGUUGAGCCUCGGUGGGGCGAUGCGGAGGGCUAUCAGUAUCGGCACGAGGUCGCCACAGAAGAAGGUGGACAAACCGGCUAAUCAGCAUGGGCCUCGAAAGCGCUUUGGGUUCUUGUCGAGCAACGUUGAGAAACCCUGGGAUCACAAGGUGUUCAUCAUGCCCAAUCGCCGUGUAUCCAGCUUUGGCGCUGCCCUUGCGCCCAUCAAGCGACGUUUCCAGGGGACACCCGAUCCCCAGAAGCGGGAAAGGUCCAAGUCGCUCGAGCGAGCAUGCCCCGUUACCCCAACCCCGACCUUCGCGUCCCGCAUGACGAUCGAGUCUCUCCACUCGACGUACUUUCGAGCCCGCCGGGGCAUGCUGGCGUCGCCAUCUACGCCUGCUCAGCUAUUUGGCGUCCUCCAGGUACCUGGUACCGUCACUCCAUCUGCAUAUGCGCUCGCAAAGGGCCGCUUUCCGGGUCCACCGCCGGCGUUUGGACACGGCCCAACCGACGCGCCGCAAGCUGAAUGGAAGUACUUCAGCUUCGAAGGUUUCGUCACCCGCCGUCGCUUGGCCGCCGGAAUGGUCUCCAGCUUUUUCGUGGGGUUCCUUGGCUGCUUCUGUCUGCUGGCUGUCAUAGCCGCAUAUUUCCAAACUGGACGUUCGUUUGGAGACGCCUUCGGAGAUGCGUGGGUUGAUGUGCUUACAUCUAGACAGUUCACCGUCAAUGAGCAGUCGGUCGCGAACGUGAUGAGCGACACAGGCGCAGGCGAGGUGCAGAUAGUAGGGUCGACCGGCAAAGACUUGCGUGUAUGGAGAGACGAAAGGAUCUGCCUCAAGGAUGGGCCGUAUGAGCUGUAGUAUGCGCCCGAGGGCAGGCCCGAGGGGGCGUGAAUGGACAGCGCGAAGGUACAUACAUAUAUAACAGUAUUCCAUAUAUACGUAGAUAGUUUAUGCAUUGCGCUAUUGUACAC